AUGAGACCCAAAAACUGGCUGAUAAGAAUAUAUGUGGAUGAAAGCGUAUCAUAUGGUUAUCGCCAGAUAAAAAUGCCAAUAAGGAAACCCAAUUUCUCAUAUCAAAUAAUCAAGCACUUGAUGGUCCCAGGAAUUGUAAUAAUCAUGGCAACAACAACGAAACCGCGUUCUGAAAUGACCCUAGAAGAGUUAUCAAAGAUAGAGGAAGAAGAAUUUAGUACUGGUCCUUUGUCUGUAUUAACACAAUCUGUUAAGAACAACACGCAAGUACUGAUAAACUGCCGAAACAACAAAAAACUUUUAGGACGCGUCAAGGCUUUCGACCGGCAUUGUAAUAUGGUUUUGGAAAAUGUCAAAGAAAUGUGGACUGAAGUGCCUAGAACCGGAAAAGGAAAGAAGGGUAAGGCAGUGAACAAAGACAGAUUUAUCUCUAAAAUGUUUCUACGAGGAGACUCCGUGAUCUUAGUAUUAAGAAAUCCACUUGCUACAGCAGCAGGAAAGUAG